AUGAUAAAAGCUGUUAAACCAUUCAAUCGUACAUGUGCAGGCUAUGCACAUUCAAAUAAUUGUGAAUAUUAUCAAUGUUUCGAAGAACGUUUUCCAUGCGGAGAAAAGUACUGGAUGAAAGUUUGGGGUUAUAAAUAUUGUGAACGUUUAACAAAACAUUUGCAAAAUUUUGAUUCUGUUGGACAACGUCUUGUUUUACAUAUUAAGAAAUGUUUAUUUAAAAAAUUUUCAAAUGCUCGCUAUUAUAAUAUGAAUGAGAUCAACUGUAAUCAAUUAAAAACAUCUGCCUAUCGUUUAUUGUAUGAAUGUUACACAGAAAAUAGAUUAUUUUGUGAUGCAUAUGAUUCAAAUCGAAAUUGUUUUCAAGAAUUAAUUGAUAAUAAUGAAAGACAUGAUUAUCAAGCAAUGAAAACAAUGAUUGGCGUAGCAAAUAAAUGUCAUCCAAAAAAAAUUAAUUUAUUACAACGUUCGACAGAAAAAUGUCAAAUAAUAGUAUAA